AUGUCUGCCGACUUCUGGGCCGGCUACAUCUCAGGGGCCGUCGGAAUUGUUAUCGGAAACCCUCUCGAUAUCAUCAAGGUGCGCCUCCAGGCUUCUGGACGGGGCACCGGAAAUCCGUCUCCCACAACUUCAUCAAGUCUCCCAGGCUCGCUGUCUCCAUCAUCGUCUGCCUCGGCCCUCUCGCUGCUUCGCAAGUUCUCAACGGGCACCGCAGCGCCAAUUCUAGGCUACGGCGCCCUGAACGCCUUGCUGUUCGUCUCGUACAAUCGCUCAGAAGCAUUCCUGAACCAAGCGCUCUCGCCACAGGGCCCUUCACACACAUCACCAAAUUCAACACAGUCGACAACUGGAUCGAAUCUCUGGACGACAUUUAUCGCAGGCGCCAUUGGCGGUCUCGCAACAUGGGUGGUCUCCACGCCCACUGAGCUGAUCAAGUGCCGGGCACAACUGAGCGCCAACCCGCAGACAUCAAGUUGGGACAUCACCAAGCGAAUAUUGCGCACCGAGGGUGGUAUACGGGGACUAUAUUUCGGCGGCACGGUGACCGCGCUGAGGGACAGCGUCGGCUACGGCUUCUACUUCUGGAGCUACGAGCUGACCACACGCUGGAUAGAGCAGUGGUCGAAAGCCCACAAAGACCAAGGCGGCAGCUUCACCGGCAGCGAGACAGCCAAGGUGCUCCUCUGCGGCGGCCUCGCGGGCAUCGUGACGUGGGCGAGCAUCUUCCCGCUGGACGUGAUCAAGACUCGAGUUCAGGCACAGGUGAACAAUGCAAGCACCAUUGCGGUUGUGACAGGGGAGAGCAGCCCUUUGCUCAGCAGCACAGUCUCGAAGAGGUCUGGAGCGAUUCAGGUUGCGAGGGAUGCGUACAAGGAGGGCGGGUUGCGGAUUUUCUUCAGGGGUCUGGCAGUCUGCAGUGUCCGGGCCUUCAUCGUCAACGCGGUCCAGUGGGCUACGUAUGAGUGGAUCAUGAUGGAGCUCGGGCACGGUAGAAAGAGACCUGAGACCGUGUCGUCGUGA